AUGAUUCCAACUACCGGACUCGCCGUGGCCUUUGCGCUUCUCGGCAGUGUCCUGGCUUUCGAUGUGAGAGUCGCUAAAGCGUUGCAGCAGUACCAUGUCGACCGUUCAUCCAUACACGUUCGGGAUGGCGCCGAGUCCACGUACCAGACUGCGUUUCCCGGCGUGUCCUGGGAUCUCGCUCAUUGGCGCUUGACCAGCUCCGUCCUCGAUCAAGGCCACUACCAGUCGCGCGGCUCCGUCGCCAAUGGCUAUAUCGGGCUCAACGCCGCCGCCGCCGGGCCCUUUUUCGAGGUCGACGUGCCCGUUGACGGCGACAACCGCAACGGCUGGCCGCUCUUUUCCCGGCGCCAGGCCUUUGCCGGCGUGUCCGGCUUCUGGGACGUGCAAAACGGCGGCGAAAGCUUCAUCGCCGGCAUCCCGCACUGGGGCGGCCUCAUGCUUGAUCUCGGCAACGGCGCCUACCUCGACGCGGGCGUUGCAAGUGACACCAUCUCCAACUACUCCACCACGUUUGACUACAAGGCCGGCGUCUUGUCCUGGGACUAUACAUGGGCCCCCAAAAACCAGGCCGCGACCUUCAAGAUUCAGUAUCAAGUGUUUGCGCAUAAGCUGGAUAUCAACGUCGGUGUGGUGCGCAUGCUGGUGGAACCGUCCGCCGACGUCAACGCGACCAUUGUCAACGUCCUCGAGGGCGCCUGCGCGGUUCGCUCAACCUUUUUUGAGUCUGGCGCCGACGACGAUUCCAUCUACUCGGCUGUGCAUCCUCUUGGGCUUCCCAGCACCACGGCUUAUGUUUAUGCCACGCUCGGCUUUGACCCUGCGCGAAACGUUGGCGCAGCACAGCUCACCCACCAAGAGCCGUAUCUUCAGGCUAAUGAGUCCAGCAUCGGGAGCAAGCACAAUGUGCAGCUACCGGCGAACAAGCGCCUGGAAAUCACAAAGUAUGUGGGCAUUGCGUCGACUGAUGCCUUUACGGACCCCAAAAAUCAGGCCAAGACGGCCGCGCAGCAGGCCGCCAAACAAGGUUUCAACAGCCUUCUCCAAUCGCACACUUCAGAAUGGGCGCAGGUCAUGCCCGAUCACUCCGUCGACGAUUUCCGCCACGCCGACGGCACUCUUCCCUCCAACCCGUCCAGCAUUGACGACUCCAUCAUGGCCAUUGUCAACCCCUUCUACCUCCUCCAAAACACGAUUGGCGAAAACGCACUCGCCAAGUCGUCCGGCAAAGCCCUCCACCAAAACAGCAUUUCCGUUGGCGGGCUCGGCUCCGAGACAUAUGCCGGCAUGAUCUUCUGGGAUGCCGAGACGUGGAUGCAGCCCGGCCUCGUGGCGGCGUUUCCUGCCGCCGCCAAGACGAUUGCCAGCUACCGCGUGGCGCACUACGAGCAGGCGAAGCGGAACGCGCAAAACGGCGCGGGAACGUCCAAGAGCGGCGUCGUGAUGCCGGCCGAUGCCGCGCUGUACUCGUGGACCAGUGGCCGUUUUGGGAAUUGCACGGGCACGGGCGCGUGCUGGGACUAUGAGUACCACAUCAACGGCGACAUUGCCCUGGCGCUCAUCAACCAAUGGGUCGCGUCUGGCGAUGACGACACGUUCAAGAACACGUAUUUUCCAGUCUUUGAUUCUAUCGCUCGCGGAUAUGCCAGCAUCAUGCAGCCGAAUGGCAGUAACUGGACACUGACCGAUAUGACGGACCCGGACGAGUAUGCAAAUCACAUUGACGCUGGCGGAUACACGAUGCCGCUCAUUUCGCAGACCCUGCGCUACGCAAACCAGUUCAGGCAGCAAUUCGGGCUCGCGCCAGAACCGAAAUGGCAAAACAUGGCGGACAAUAUUGUCUUUUUACGGGAAAAUAACAUCACCCUCGAGUAUACCACCAUGAAUGACAACGUCGUGGUCAAACAAGCCGAUGUCGUGUUGGACACCUACCCAUUACACUACACUCACAACUAUGGGCCGGAGGACUCUUUGAACGAUUUGGACUAUUAUGCUGCCAAACAAUCCGCCGACGGCCCUGCCAUGACCUGGGCCAUCUUCUCCAUCGUCGCCAACCAAGUCUCGCCCUCCGGUUGCUCCGCGCACACCUACGCCCGAUACUCGUAUUCCCCCUACCUCCGGGCCCCCUUCUACCAGCUCUCGGAGCAGAUUGUCGACAACCCCAACGCCAACGGCGGCACCCACCCUGGCUUCCCGUUCCUGACCGGCCACGGCGGCGCCAACCAGGUCACCCUGUUUGGCUACCUCGGCCUGCGCUACCUCCCCGACGACACGCUCCACGUGGACCCCAGCCUGCCGCCGCAGAUCCCGCAGCUCAGGUACCGGACAUUCUACUGGCGCGGCUGGCCGGUGACGGCGUCCUCGAAGUACAACCACACGACGCUGGCGCGCGCCACCAGCGUCCCGGCCCUCGCGACGGCCGACAAGCGCUACAGCCACGCGCCCAUCCCCGUCGACGCCGGCGGCACGUCGUACCAGCUCUCCGCAGACGGCAGCGCCAUUACCAUUCCGAACCGUAAGCUCGCGGGCGCCAAGACGGUGCCGGGCAACAUUGCGCAGUGCCAGUCCGUGAUGUCCACCCAGGGCACCGUUCCGGGCCAGUUCCCCGAGGGCGCCGUCGACGGCGCGCGCUCAACCAAGUGGCAGCCUGCCGCUGCCGCCGAUCUGAACUCGAUCACCGUGGCGCUGUCUGCCCACGACCGGGGCAGGAAGAUCACCGGCUGCGCGCUGGACUGGGCGCAGCGGCCGCCCGACAGCUUCACGGUGACGUUUCACGACGAGGCCGGCGCCGGCAGCAGCAGCGAGAACAGCCAGCACUUUACGGUGCAGAUCUCGGCGCCGCAUGAGGUGGGCGCGGCCGGGCUGCAUAUACCGCAGAGCAACACGACGGACGUGACGUUUAAGACGCCGAUCAGGGCGACCAAGUUUGCGACGCUGUUUGUGCAGGGCAGUCAAGGGCCGGGCCCGGCGGGCGCGACGGUCGCGGAGUGGGCCAUUAUAACAAACGCCACUAAUGAUUCUAUUGCGUGCUGGCUAGCGGGGAAUAUUGAUGCGGUUAGGAAGCUAGGACAAGCCGACAAGAAGGCAUAA